AUGCCAGCAGUAUUGGCGGAACCUUAUCAAGUCUUCAUGGUUAACUACACCUCUCACGGCAACGGUAAAGAUGCCGGCCCAGAUGAGGAUACUUCCUAUGGCGCUGCUCAGUCGCCCUCCCAUGAUAGGCCCGAUGCCCAUUACCACCAUGACACGAUGCUAUCAUCAUUUGGAUCUCCAUCGACUUUCAUCACAGAUCGCCCGCUUCCACGCCAGCCUCCUCUGCAUUUCGAGGCGCCGCAUUAUGGCCUCCCCUCUCUACGGGAUAGUCUUAGACAACCACUCGACGGCAAUGAAUCGGAAGUCAAUCAAAACACCGAUCACACUUAUGGGCAACGGCCUGUCCUGCACAGUGGUCAGAUGAACAUGCUUCCGUACCCAUUUCCAGGUGAAACAGCCGACCUGGGACCAUAUCCUGCGCAUGGGGACCCCUUAGGUUCCCACCACAUAUCGCACCAGGAAUACAGCCACGCGGCUGCUCCCUCGCAUCAUCUUCUUCACCAUCGAAUACCAUCCCAAGGACCAUCAUCUUUGCCGUCGAAUGCGCGGAUAUCUAGAGUUCAGGACUCAGGGAGAUCAAAGGAGACAAAGGAGCCGAUAGACCUCAGCUUCUUGAACAUGCCAGGUUUGCCAGAACGAUUCCCAGAGCCGAAAGUGUCAAAGACCAGGUUCGGCAAGAAGGAGGAUUCCGUAGUUGUGACGCUCAAGGAGCAAUUCAAUUUAUCCUGGAAGCAGAUCGCGUGGUUCUUUCCAGGGCGACAACCGGGAACCUUGCAAGUUCGUUACUGUAACCUCUUGAAGGUGAGGCAUGUGGACUGGGAUGAUGAGAAGGAUGCGAAGCUGAAACAAUAUAUUGAAGAGUAUGAGGAGAACAAGUGGCAUUUCAUCUCGCGGAAGAUGGGGCGUCAUCGUAUAUCACCAGAAGCAUGUAGGCGGAGAGCUGCAGAACUUGAAGAAUUAGAAGCUAGGGCUGACUCGGCUGAGGCUGACGCCGAAACUGAAGGCGAGACGGAACAGAGUGACAUCAGAGCUUCCUUCCAGCCAAUCACAGACGCUCGGGCCAAAGCGGCUUCAAACUCACCCAACCUCAAACCUCCAAACUCCCUCUCCUGCCCCAAACGCCCCGCGUCAUCCACCCCCAGCACCUCUAGGACAAUGUUCCUCCAACGUACAGCCUCCGCCCUCGCAAGGCGCUCGCCUGCUCGCGCUUUCACCCUCGCCCAGCGCCCCUUCUCUUCCACCAUCAUCCGCUCCGAUGCGAAGAAGUGGACUCCCAAGCAGGAGGGCAAGGUCCUGACCUUCGAGGAAAUCAAGGUCGAGGAUGACCUCCUCCCCCCGGGUGCUAAGCCCGGUACAAUCCCCACCGAUGUCGACCAGGCUACCGGUCUGGAGCGUCUGGAGCUCAUCGGAAAGAUGCAGGGCAUCGACAUCUUCGACAUGCGUCCCCUUGAUGCCUCCCGCAAGGGCACACUCGAGGACCCCAUCAUUGUCAACAGCGCCGGUGAUGAGCAGUACGCCGGUUGCACCGGUUACCCCGUAGACUCCCACCAGGUCAACUGGCUCACCGUCUCCCGCGAGCGCCCCAUUGAGCGCUGCAUGGAGUGCGGCAACGUGGUCAAGAUGAACUACAUCGGACCUGAGGAGGAUCCCCACGCCCACGACCACGCCCACGACCACGGUCACCACCACCCCCCCUCACGUCGAGCCCAAGACCUUCGCCGACUACGUGAAGCCCGAAUACUGAAUAGUGCUCUAGUAGAUGAAAAUGAGAGUGUUGGUGCGGUUCUGAUCUUGAUUAUGUUCUCCUGA